GGAAGUAACUCUCACCAUUUUCAAAAAUUGAGAAGAUGUCGAACGAUGGUGUAUGUUAUGACGGCGAUGAUACAAAAACAAAGCCUAAGGUGCUCCAUUUGUCUUUGCUGCAAAAUGCGUUAUCCAAAACAACAAAAAAAUGCGUGUCAUCUUUGAAAUUCUCCUUGUUGAAACAUCACUUGUCUGCUGUGCAUGCAAGGGAUCCAGUGGCACUUUUGAAACUUCAUGAAGAGUCUGUUAGCAUUCUUAGCUCAAAUAUACAGGAGGAGCUUGCUCUCAUGUUUAAAGAGGAGAAUAUCUGUGAAUUAAUGAAGAAGCUUGACCAUUUUCAGGAAGAAAUAGACUGUACAUCCAAUGUCACAGCCUGGCGGCCAAGUGGCUCUCCAGAAAGUGACAUCUGUUCUCAUCUGUUCCCAGUCUAUUGUAAGCACCUACAGCAGUUAGAAAAUGCUUGGCACAGCUGCAGUCUCAAAAUCUUCUCUUAAGCCAGAUGGUGAGAAAACAAUAUGAGAAACUUCACAAGACUCACACAGCUAUUUCCCAAUGCUGCCUAGACUUUAAAUAGCUUUGUGACAUUAAGAGGAUUGGAACAUUGAACCCACUUGGAUAAGCUUUCGUGAUCAGUUGUAGUAUUACGAUCAGGCCACUGAUAGGUCUACAUACAUGAUUGCAGCUACUUUACCCCUUAUACUGUAACAGGCACAACAAAUACACCAGCUCAGGUGGUUUGUCAGUCAGAAAAGUUAUUAUCUUCAUGACAUACAUGUUGAGACAGCUAUGUUUAUGUUGCUUCGAAUGAAUGACAGAUGUUCUUUUGAUAUUUUUGCAUUUAAUUGCUGCCUUUGUGAAAAUAUGUUCUUUGUUUUCAAAAAGUCAUGCAGAACCUGAUUUGAAGCUGUGACACUGCUAAAUAAGUUUGCCAUUAUUGUAAUAAAUUGCCAUUCAAAUUUU